AUGGCUAUGACUCAAUCCGCGGUCGGCAUUGCUGCCGUUGUGGUCGCGAUAGUAGGGCUUUACAGACUUCUGCAGGUUGGCAGACGACCGCCGGGAAUCCCACCAGGACCACCUACGAUCCCGAUACUUGGCAAUUUGCAUCUGAUGCCUUCGAAGGACGGCCACCGUCAGUUCUCGAAGUGGGCUCAAGAAUAUGGUCCAAUUUACUCCUUGAUGCUCGGGACCAGGACAUUUAUCGUUCUCUCUUCUGAUACUGCCGUGAAAGACCUUCUCGACAAGCGCAGUAACAUUUACUCCUCUCGUCCCGAUAUGUACGUCGGUAUGGACAUCGCUAGUGGUGGAUUGAGAAUGCUUUUGAUGCCGUACUCUGGACGCUGGCGACUCAUACACAAGAUGAUUCACAACAUCCUCAAUAUCAAGGCUGCUGUUACCUAUGUUCCGUAUCAAGACCUCGAGAACAAGUUCAUGCUGCUGGGUAUGUUGGAGCAGCCAAAAGAAUUUGCAAACCAUAUCCGACGCUAUACCAAUUCCUUGACAACUCAAAUGGUGUUCGGAUUUCGCACACUGAGCAUAAAUGAUCCGAAACUGCAGCAGCUUUUCACAGGGUUCGAGCACUGGGCUGAGGUGGCUGGCAACGCAGCAUCGCAGCUCUUGGAUCUCUUCCCAGUGUUACAGAGUCUGCCUGACUUUCUUGUGCCUAAUCACCGAUAUGCCAAACGAUUGCACAAGAAGGAGAAGGAAUUAUACGUCGGCCAUUGGCUUAAGGCCAAGGCUGGCAUUCAGGCUGGUACAACAAUGCCAUGCUUCUGUGUCGAUUUGGUCAAUGCUCAGCAGAAGGAGAAAGAUUGGUUUUCUGAUGACUUGGCUGGUUACACGAGUGGCUCUCUUCUCGAGGCAGGGUCCGACACCACAGCAUCGGAGCUCAUCGCGUUCAUUCAGGCGAUGACAGUCUUUCAAGAUGUGCAGAAGCAAGUCCAAGACGAGAUUGAUAGGGUCGUCGGCUCAAGCCGUAUGCCAGACAUGGAAGAUUAUGCGAAUCUACCACUCGUACGGGGUUGCGUCAAAGAGACUUUGAGAUGGAUGCCUACAAACAUUCUCGGCGUGCCUCACUCCAACAUACAAGAGGACCAAUACAUGGGCUAUCGAAUCCCCAAAGACAGCACAGUCAUCACCAAUGUCUGGACAAUCCACAUGAACCCUGCGAAGUUUCCUAAUCCACGCAUGUUCGACCCAACCAGAUUCCUGAGCGACAAGCUCACGAUCUUCGAGUCCGUCAUGUCCUCCGAUCCCGGCACCCUCCACACCCGCUCCUUUAUAUUCGGCUCCGGCCGCCGUGUCUGCCAGGGCAUGCACAUUGCGGAACGCUCUCUAUUCCUCGCGAUCUCACGGCUCCUCUGGGCAUUCAAUUUCCGCAAAGCAAUUGACCCGGACACCGGCAAGGAGAUCACGCCGGACGUUGAGCGACUUACGCAAGGCUUGUUCGUGCUGCCUGAGAAGUUCGACUGCGUUAUCAGACCGAGGAGCGUGGAAAAGGAAGAGAUGAUCAGGCAGGCUUGGAAGGAAAGUGAGGAGACGUUGUUGGAUCCAAGCACCGGGCAGUGGCAGAAGGUGCCCGAGGGCAUGGCGUUCUCCACGUAUGAGCCGACCAAGGAUGCUGUGAUGGGUGAGGUUUGA